AUGGCCCAAGACCCCUUCGACUCGGCGCUAGACCUCCUCCGCCGCCUCGACCCCAAACACACAACCAACCACCUCAACGCCAUCCUCACCCUCGCGCCCGACCUAACCGAAGACCUCCUCUCCUCCGUCGACCAACCCCUCACCAUCAAGCGCUGCCGCCAAACCGGCCGCGACUACCUCCUCUGCGACUACAACCGCGAUGGCGACAGCUACCGCUCCCCUUGGUCCAACCGCUUCGACCCGCCCCUCGACGAGAGCGGGCCCGGCGGCGUCGGGUUGGGCGGGAACGAGGGUGCGGGAGAAGGGGCCGUGCCGAGUGAGAGGGUGAGGGCUAUGGAGGUUAAGGCGAAUGAUGCGUUUGAUAUUUAUAGGGAGUUGUACUAUGAGGGGGGCGUGAGCAGUGUUUAUUUUUGGAAUUUGGAUGAUGGGUUUGCGGGGGUUGUUCUUUUGAAGAAGGCUUCCCCGUCCGGCGGUUCCUCCCAAGGCGUCUGGGACUCGAUCCACGUCUUCGAAGCCAUCGAGCGCGGCCGAACAACCCACUACAAACUCACCUCCACCGUCAUCCUCCACCUCUCCACGAACCCCUCUUCCGCCUCCGGCGGCGGCGACAUGGACCUCAGCGGCAACAUGACGCGCCAGAUCGAGCAGGAGCUCCCCGUCGAGUCGGACGACAGCCACAUCGCCAACGUGGGCCGGCUCGUCGAGGACAUGGAGCUCAAGAUGCGGAACUUGUUGCAGGAGGUGUAUUUCGGCAAGGCGAAGGAUGUUGUUGCUGAUUUGAGGAGCUUGGGGAGUUUGAGUGAGGGGGCGAGGGAUAGGGAGGCACAGAAGGAGAUUAUUGGGAGUAUGAGGAGGUAG